AGCAUUAGACUGAGAGAGACGGCAGCAUCAUGGAACCCUGUGUUUUCCCAUCACCCCCUCCGAACUCAUCAGAGCACCUCACAUACAACAGCUUCAUGCAGGAAAACGAGUCCAGCACCAGCGGGAACUACACAGACAACUUCACCAGAACCAGCACCGUGGUCAUCACCUGCAUGUACUUCCUGGUUUGUGCAGUGGGUCUUUGCGGAAAUGCCCUCGUCAUCUACGUCAUCCUGCGCUAUGCCAAGAUGAAGACGGUCACUAAUAUCUACAUCCUCAACCUGGCGGUGGCAGACGUUCUCUUUAUGCUUGGCCUGCCGUUCAUCGCCAUCCAGCUGGCAAUGGUCCACUGGCCUUUUGGGCUCGUGCUCUGCAGGGUCGUGAUGACGGUGGACUCUCUGAACCAGUUCACUUCCAUCUUCUGCCUGAUGGUAAUGAGCAUUGACCGCUACCUGGCAGUGGUGCAUCCUAUUAAGUCCACAAAGUGGAGAAAGCCUUGCAUUGCCAAGACUAUCAAUCUAGCGGUGUGGGGGGUGUCUCUGCUGGUUAAUCUGCCCAUUGUUAUCUACAGUGGUGUGAUCACAAAGCCCAACGGCUGCUUCUGCACCAUUGUGUGGCCUGAGCCUCAAGAAGCCUACUACACAGCCUUCAUGUUCUACACCUUCAUUCUGGGCUUCUUCCUGCCCCUCAUGGUCAUCUGCCUGUGUUACCUGUUCAUCAUUAUCAAGGUGAAGUCAUCAGGCAUCCGCGUGGGCUCCUCCAAGAGGAAACGCUCAGAAAGGAAGGUCACCAGGAUGGUGUCCAUCGUGGUGGCAGUGUUUGUUUUCUGCUGGCUGCCUUUCUACGUCUUCAACGUGACCUCAGUGACGGGCACCAUCAGCACUACUCCCAUCCUGAGGAGCACCUUCGCCUUUGUGGUGGUUCUGGGGUACGCAAACAGCUGCGCAAACCCCAUCCUUUACGCCUUCCUCUCGGAGAACUUCAAGAAGAGUUUCCAGAACGUUCUGUGCCUUAAGAAGGUAGGAGGGCUAGAUGAGGUGGAGCGCAGUGACAGCCGGCAGGACAAGUCUCGCAUGAUGAAUGACCCCACGGAGACCCAGAGUACUUUGCUAAAUGGUGACCUGCAGACCAGCAUCUAAGGUCUUACAAACACACAAGAAGCUU